AUGUAUUCAAACAACAAAAAAACGCGUUAUGACCUUGUUAAUGAUUAUAUUCUAGUUAUACCAUCAAUUCGAGCACAAUCUACACUUAUUCAUAGUACAAUUGGAAAAUCAACACAUUUACGUUGUUCAGCUACAGCACCAUUUGAUACAUUAUUAUAUUGGCGCCGUAUUGAUAAUCAUAAUAUAUCAAAUCAAUCAAAUAGAUUUCGUCAACAACAACAUAUACAUGGUCAUCUUUUACAUACAACUUUAUAUAUAAAAGAUGUUGAAAAAACAGAUUUUGGUUUAUAUGCUUGUUACGCUGAAUCUAAAGCUGGUCAAAGCAAAUCUAUUAUUGAAUUGAAAGAACAUCAUCGUCCAUCAACAACAAUAACAACAACAAUUAGUACUACAAUUAUAUCUCAAAUAUUAGAUAAAGAUGAAUUCAUUAUAAUAACGACAACAACACGUGCACAAUUACUUAAACGAAAUAAAAUUUCUGAACAAACAACAAAUCUUACAAAAACUAAUUUUGCGUCAUCAUUAUUUAUGUCAUAUUAUCUAUUAAUUUUAAUAAUGUUUUUUCUUUAUUUGUAA